UGUAGUCAAUCACAAAAGCGACAUUCAAAUCGUUUAUUCUCUCCUGGAUAAACGUAGCUGGCAAGAUGCACCUUCUUAACGUUGCAGUGGUUGUAGUCUUGGUCUUCCUUGGGUCCGCCCUUGCUGGCCAUGGUGGUGGUGGUGGCGGCGGCCAUGGAGGCGGAGGCCAUGGAGGUGGUGGCCAUGGAGGUGGAGGCCAUGGUGGUGGAGGCCAUGGUGGUGGUGGUGGUGGUGGUCACGGAGGUGGUGGUCACGGAGGCGGAGGACACGGAGGUGGCGGCCAUGGAGGUGGUCAUGGAGGUGGUGGUCAUGGAGGUGGAGGCCAUGGAGGUGGUGGUCAUGGAGGCGGACACCACGGGUAAAACAUCCGAGGAUCAUCAUAUUGCCAUCAGAUGCUGGACAUUUGAUAUCGUAUUGGUCGAUUCCACUCACUGUGAUGUAUCCACCCAAUCUGUAUAUUCCUCAUUGAAUACAAAUAAAGCUUUGAGUUAUAUUGUAAUGCUAUCUUUGUUUAUAUUUUCCUCCAGUACAAUCAGAUUCAAGACUGGAAAGUAAGAAAGGAAACUAUCUGAUAACACUGUCCUGCAUACUAUAAUCACACUGGAAUCAUUGCCCACAAAGGUCAGGAGCAUCGAAGAGAUGCAAGUACUCUUAUAAACACGUUGAAGCAAGCAAGUAGACUAUUUCUGUCCCAAAAUGUAGAAAGUCCCAUUUGAAGUCAGACUAUCAUAAUUGAUUCAAAAGGUCCAAAUAGUUUAUAGUUACAGCCAUGUGCAUGUCCCGAUACAACAAAUUACAUGUGUCUCAAUGCACCCA